CGGGCACGGAACUGAUUGACGUUCUCACGUGCACGACGUACACCGCGGGCAGCGGCGGGAGCGUCAGUGUCACCGGGAGCGGAGGGAACCCUGUCAUCCUCCUCCCGACGAGUGCGUUCAACACGACGUACUGUAGUGCGCUCGUUGGCACGAACUCGACGAGCUCGGACACCGUCGCGGUGACGUUCGAGGUGGAGUAUGAUACCGUGUACGGUGGUUAGUGGAGGAUCCCCUCAAUAAUCGGUGUCUCUCAACCUGAUGCCUACGCUCCUCCUACUCGUUGUAGAGAAUCUGUACAUCGCUGGCUCCGUCGCCGCGCUUGAAAACUGGUCCACCGGUGACGCGCUCCUCUUGUCCUCUGCGAACUACCCCACCUGGAGUCUGACGGUGAACCUGCCUCCGAGCACGACCAUCGAGUACAAGUACCUCACGAAGAAUAACGGGGACGUCACGUGGCAGGACGACCCGAACAACAAUAUCACGACGCCUGCGAGCGGGAGCGUCACGCAGAGUGAUAGCUGGCAUUGAUCGUACAGGAACGAAAUUGACAGAAAGACUGUUCGAUACGGACGUUGACGGUAAUAUACAAGCAGGGUUGUACACGUGUACAAGAUGUUAAUGCAUCGGCUCAAACAGCAUAUCACUGCUGCUGGGCCAGAAGUCGAGCAUUCCGGGCUUGAGCGAAGAAUAGAUGCAGUUGA